CUGAGGCGGCGGCCGGGCCCGCACCCCCGGCACGGCCCGGGGCUCCGCGAGGGGCAGGACCGCUGCCCCGCGGUUGGCGGGGCGGGGAUCGCCGGGAGCCGACGUUUCGUUCGGCAACCCCGCCCCGCCGGGCUCGUCACGGCCGCGGUGGGGCUGGGCGGGCGUCCCUGCCCGGCAGCCGGCAGCGCAGCCAUGUUCGGCGGGCUGGGGCGCUGCUUCGAGGAGGAUCCCUUCUUUCGGGAUCCUUUUGCUGCACACCAUGAAUACAUGCGGCAGAUGAUGAGAAGCUUCUGUGAUCCUUUUGGCCGAGACCCAUUUCGCAGCAUAACAGAUGGUGGGGAGAGAGCAGAUCGAAGAGCACGCCAGGACUCUCAGGUUGCUCCAAGAGGAAAUGGCAGAGCAACAAGCUGCUCCCUCAUGCCCUUUGCAGGUUUUGGUAGAGUGGAUGCAGAUUUUGGGGAGCCUUUUUUUGCAAUGGACAGAAUGAUGUCAAACAUGAGGAACAGCAUGCUGGAAAUGCACAGAAAGUUUGAUGACCUGUCCGUCAAUCCGGAUGCACACACAUUCAGCUCCUCCUCUGUGAUGACAUACUCCAAAAGAGGGGAUGAGCCACCAAAAGUUUUCCAAGCGUCAGCUCAGACGCGCACAGCUCCAGGAGGUGUUAAGGAGACCAGAAAAGCACUUAGGGAUUCUGAAAGUGGACUGGAGAAAAUGGCUAUUGGUCAUCAUAUUAAUGAUCGUGCUCAUGUCAUUAAAAAAUCAAAGAACCACAAGACUGGGGAUGAAGAAAUGAACCAAGAAUUUGUCAACCUGGAUGAAACUGAUGCCCAGACUUUCAAUGAAGAGUGGCAGAAAGAGAUUAUGAGGUUCAAGCCAUCUAGAACUAGAAGCACUUUAGAAGCUCCCAAGUACAGAAGUAUUCAUCACAUACCCAAGGAAAAUGAAGGAAGAAGAGAGAAACCACAUGCAGCUGUGAGUUUCAGGGAGCCCAGAGAGAAUCUCAGUGUGAAAGGAACACAAGUUCGCAUCAAAAGCAGCAAAAAAUAAAUAAAAUUGCCUCCAUUCUCCAUGUGAAUGGAGUUUCUUCAGAGAAGAUAGUGGUGCUGCAUUGCUUAUGUUCAUAUAAGUAUACACAUAUUGACCAAUCUCUGUUUUUUGUUGCAGUAAGUAUUAGUGUGCCUUGCUCCUCUGAUCUAUUGACAACCAAAUGUUCUUUAAAACUUCGGAUCCUUGGUUAAACCAUCUAGUUUUGGUACAUUUAAAAAAAAAAAUCCUAAAAGCACUUUAAUGGAUUAACACUAAUUCUCUUAAAAAAAAAUUAAUACUUUUGACUUGCCAUUUUGUUUUCUACUACAACUGCACCAAUCUCUCACAUUUUAUUAAGCCUGGUAAUGAAACUUACUUUUUUCCACACUCUAUAACUUGCAUAGAAAGUAAAUGAUCUUUAUUUUGUGUGGCUGAAAUAGUUAUUGGUUUUCUAGGUGAUAGAGCAAUUUGAAUACACUGUAGCCACUAUAUAUAAAUAUAUAAAGUGUUGUAAAUCGUUAGAGAAUCCCCAGAUUCACUUGGAUUUAACAGGGGAAAAAAAGUGAGAGGAAUACUGAAAUGUCAAAUACUUCAAGUAACUUUUAGUUUCUUAGUGUUCUUAUGUCCAUAAGCUGUUCUUGCAUCUCAUUUUCUGUGCCUAGACUGUGAGUUUUGUAUCUCUGAUCCUUGGUACGUGUCCUUUCGAGGCGGCCUGUUCAUUUGCUUUCUUUAAGAUCUCAAUAGUAGCUUUUUUUAUUGUUCUGCAAUAAUACCCCUGUGUCCUCACAAAUGCAGCUGUAACUGUUAGUUACUCAUGAGACAAAUGUGGGACUUGGUUGAGUAGGCACCAGUUUAACUGGGUAAAUGAAUGAUUACACCUUUGCUUCUGUCCUAAAAAGCUAAAAGGGCUCUUCCUGCAGGAAACCAUUUCCCCCUCAGUAUUCCUUUGCAUCCUGUGUUAGUGGAUGUAGAAUGAUCCUAAAUCCAACAGUUGGUCUCCCUUGGUGUUGUUACUGUGGGUUAAGGAGUCUGUUGCUGUAGAGAAGAUCUAGUUGUGUGACAGCCAGCAGGAAGGGUCUUUGUAUGACAAGUGUGGAGCUGGCAUGGUGCUGUGUGAUGCAGAAUUGAUCCCCAUGUGGUAGCAUAGAUAAUUUCUGUAGACUACAUUACAGCAUUAGCACUGCAGCAGAUUAUUUCAAGGCUAAAACAUACAGCCUUAAAAAAAAAAGUAUUAUUUAUAUGAUAAAAUUGUUUUAGUAAGCUAGGAUUAAUGUUUGUUUGGCCAAAAAGGAAGUGGCCUUUAAAUCAUAUUUAAUCUUUCUGCAGAUUCCCCAGAUUAUUUAAUUCUAUGUUCAUUCAUGUGCAAAAAGAAUAAAAAAUACUUACGUUGAACUCUGAUAAGGGAAAGACAAGUGUUUAUUUGUUGGGAUAGCACAAUGGUCUACUCCUGUUAUUGGAGCAAAUGUGUAGUGCCUAUAAGUUUGUGCUAUGGAACCAUUCUUCAAAAAGUCAAGGUAGGUGGGUGGGUAAGGGGUUGAAACAGAGCCAAGCCUGGCAAAGGGUGUCUGCCAGAACCCUGAACCUCCAGGGUGCUUUUACUCUCCUUAAAAAGUAAGAGUACAACUCUAGAGCCUGGUCUUCCCUACCCUGAAGACAACAUCAGUUUUGCAGUUAAUGGCAUUGAGACUCUAAGGCUGUGGAGGCAUUUCCCAGGUAUGUCACUUAAAUUUCCCAGUAAUAAACAGCAGAAAAGUUUUUUGUUUUCAGAAUAAAUCUUUGAUUUGAGAGAUGCUAUUAUCUAGCAGAAAAUAGCAUUGAUUUGACAACUUGUAGUUUUGUCUAUGCUUUACUGAGGUAUGAAAACACCUGAUGCAUAUAUGUAAUAAGUAAACCAAGUACAUACUGUUGUUUUAAAAUUAUAGUGGAAAGAGGCUAAUAUUCACUACAAGUUACCUUGUUAUGCAAAACAGUGUUCUAAACUGUAAUACAAAAGAAGUUGUUCUAUAUAGAAACAUCUGAAACGGUAAUUCUUCAUUAAAGUUAUUUAUUAUUUACA